UCCCCACACUGCCGACGACCCGCCAGCGGCACCGGGGCUCCUCGGAGAUUCCGACGCCCACCACCUCACUGUUGAGCAUGUCCUCACCGGCACCGGCACCGGUUCCGGCCUCGCCGGGGUCCUCCUCUCAGAGAAAACGAGGUUCAACAGAAUCUGUUGGCAUGUAUGCAGUCCAGUGUUGUGAGUGUUAUAAAUGGCGUACUGUUCCAACGAAAGAUGAAUUUGAGACACUUCGUGCGAACUUCACUGAUGACCCAUGGUUCUGCAGCAAAAGACCUGACUGCUCAUGUGAAGACCCUGCAGAUGUUGAGUAUGACAGCAGCCGCAUCUGGGUCAUCGACAAGCCCAACAUACCAAAGCCUCCUCCCAAGACUGAGAGACUAGCGAUUAUGAGAGGUGAUCUCACUAAAAUGGAUAUCUACUAUGUCCUGCCAAAUGGGAAGCGUGCAAGGACCUUAGGGGAUGUGCAGAAGUUUGUCGACACAAAUCCAGAGUACAAAGACAGCUUAUCAGCUGAAAGCUUCAGUUUUACAGUACCCAAGAUUGUUGACGAGACUGUUUCACAUAGCUCUGCGCGGAAGAUUAAGAAGGCUAAAAAAGAGGACAAGACAAUUGCUUCAAGCAGCAAGAACUAAUAUGACAGCAAACAGACAAUAGUUCAUGUGCCUGCUUGGAUGAUCCUAGGGCUGCUAAUCGCUAGGCUAAAUGCAGCCCAGGUGUUCAUCUGAGGAGUGCUGCCUCAUGGUCAACUGCCUGCUGUUGGUGCAUCUGGAUGGUGAACAUAAAUAAUACAUAGCCAUUUACUGGUGGAAACUCUCCUGCGGACUGCGGUCAUGCUAUAUGAAGUCCAAUGUAUAUAUGUAGCCUGUGCACGCAAGCCUGAAAUGGGUUGUUCUCUGCAUUUCCUUGAACUGUCAUGGUGUGCAGCAUUUCAUUCAGUCCCAGGUAUCUUUUUCCAUUUCAUUCGAUCUGGAAUAUCAAAAACCAAAACCUAAAAGUAAGUUAUGUAGCCUUCAUCUGCCAAGUGGUUAGUAUAAAACAACCAUAGGCUGAAUUCGAUCUCUCAAGGACUAAAUUUCAGUAACCUGUGAGGCUGUUUGUGGUACAAUCCCAAAUCCAAACCCAAGUCCAGAGAUCCCACAACGUUGCCAUGGUCAUGGAGUUCUGGCUCUUACUCUUGUUGCC